UGUUAUAAUUACCGCCCUAAGCUCCGUACGUAUGCUUCAAUUCAUUGAGAAUUUCUUUUUCUUUGGGAAUGUAACUUGAAUUAUUAUUUACCAGAAUUAGGUAUAUAAGUUGAAAAUUUUAAGAGCCCAAAUUACAACUUUUGAUUUGAAUUUUCAUAGGGCGUAAAAUACACGCACUCAGAAUAUUCCACGAAGUGCCAAUAAACGCGCCCGAAACUUACCGAAGAUCGAGCUUGUCGAAGAAAAUUAAAAAUGGUGGGUGACGGUCUGCCAGACAAUGAUGGGAUAUUUCACCGUGUGUAAAACGUAUUUAUAGAAAGACUUGUCCUACAUUACAAAAAUACGUGAUUAUUUACAAUAGAAAUUUGAUUCAUAAUGGAUGGAGCUGAAUCUGUUCGUUCAGGAAGGAGUGAUAGGUCAGAAAGGUCAAGACGUAGUCACGGUAGCCACCAUCAUCAUCGUCAUCAUCACAGCAACCGCAGCCGUGGUACCAGUUCAGAUCAUGGCGGUCAUCAUCGGCAAGGGGAUCGUAGUAUGGAUGAACGCUCAGUUACAAUCAAAACCCCGGGCAAUAUGUCGGACACAGAGGAUAGGAUGAUGGGCGAGGAGAGGAUCGAGGUGCAGGUUAUUCCUCAAGAUGACAACUGGGGAGACAACACAACAGCUAUUACAGGUAAUACAAGUGAAACAGGAUUUUCUAUGGAAGACAUGAGAGGAAAGUUUGGAAAGGAGAGCUUUGAGGAGACCAUUGGUAUUGGAUGUGCUCGAUAUGUCGGCACCACACUAGCCAGUAUCUUGUCUGUGAUCGCUUUUCUUUCCCCAAUAGCCAUGGUGAUUUUACCUAAACUUGGCAUUAAUGGCUGGGAUGCUGGUCCAUGUAAACCAGAUUGUGAGGGGCUACUUAUCAGCUUUGCCUUCAAACUUUUAAUUUUAGCAAUGGGAACUUUUGCCUUGUUUUUCAGGCAGCCCAAAGCUACAAUGCCUCGUGUAUUUCUCUUCCGAGCCGUAGUAUUAUUUCUGGUGUUUGUUCUGACUUUUGCCUUUUGGCUUUUCUACGGUGUAAGAAUCAUCAAGGAACAAACCUCAUCAAAAUCUUCCCAGGUAUCCGAUAAUGUUGCUGAUCAACUAUUGAAAAGUAACUUAGCAAACACAUUGAGUAGUGAUGUAGUGAAGCUGCUGAAUAAUGAGUACAAGGAGAUUGUUCAAUUUGCCGUGUCUUUUGUGGAUGCACUCUUAUUUAUCCAUUACAUUGCCGUCAUUUUGUUGGAAAUUCGUCAGUUACAACCCUUGUUUGUCAUCAAAGUGGUUCGCUCGCCUGAUGGGGAGUCUAGAUGUUACAGUGUUGGUGCUUUAAGUAUUCAGAGGGCGGCCUCCUGGAUUCUAGAGCAAUAUUACAGGGACUUCCCUGUCUAUAACCCGUACUUAGAAAAUGCCUACAAAAAGCCACUUAAAAUGUCAGGAAUCAAAUUCUAUGAUAUUGAUGGAAAUAAUUCACAAAAUGUUCAAAGCAGAUCCAGAGCAAUAUUCGCAGCUGCAGCUCGAAGAAGAGACGCAAGUCACAAUGACAGAUUUCACGAAGAAGAGGAGUAUAGCAGACGAGUGAGGAAGCGAAGAGCUCGUCUGGUUGUGGCGGCCGAGGAGGCAUUUACCCACAUCAAGAGAAUGCAGGAGGAAGCAGGAGGAGCAGCCAUCCCAAUGGACCCCAAUGAGGCAGCUCAGGCAGUGUUUCCUUCAAUGGCCAGGGCUCUCCAGAAAUAUCUCCGUAUCACACGCCAGCAACCUAGGUACACCAUGGAGUCGGUACUGAAUCACUUGGCCAGUUGCAUCAGUCAUGACAUGACACCAAAAGCCUUUGUGGAGCGGUAUCUGUCACAGGGCAUAGUCAUCAUGAAUGAAAAAGACUACAAAGAAGUAGAGAAGUGGAUCCUUAUCUCGGAUCAGCUCCUGACACGGGAACUCGAACACAAUUCCAUGUUUCAGUUGCGGCAGAAUGAUAUCUCCAUAUUGUGUACUGUGAAAAGACUACCACAUUUCAAUCUCACAGAGGAAGUUAUAAAUCCCAAAACCAACAAAUUUGUGUUGCGUCUUAACUCAGAAACCUCUGUAUAACCAAUAGAGGGCAUUUUGUUUUUGCCCAAGUGUCAUUGUAUCAUACUGUUUUUAUAUUAUUAUUUUUUUCAUUCAAAUUCCUAUGUCCCAGUUAGAUACUAUAAUCUUGUGUGUAGGAUUUGCUUUGUGAAUUAUAUUCAUGUGUGCUGAGACACAAUCAUUGUUUGAUCGAGAAACAGGGGCCAAAUGAUUAUUCAUUAACUUUUUGUACUUAAAAAAUUUCAAGCAAAGAAAUUUUUUCAUGAAAGUAAAUGUAACAUAAUGGCAUGUAUGGACAUAUGCAUGUUGUGUGUAUGGUAUAAGCCUGUUUAAGUGGUGCAAAAAUUUUCAAUGAAAGGAAGUGUGCAUGCAAACACUGAACACAAUGUUCAUUAAUGCCCAAUCGACCACCAUUUUUUCUUUUUUUUCUUGUGUCUUUUAUAAUAUGAUAGUAUUGUAAUUACAGUAUUUCAUUUUUAGGUAUGUUUUUUCUUUGUUUUGUUUUGUACACACUUAUAAGCAUCCUCAUCUCUAGAAAAUCAGAAACGGACAUGGCGCCAGACAACAUUUUACAAUUGUUUUUACGGUGCCAUAUUUAACACAAAUUUGUUCCAAUGUCGUUCUCAAUUGUAUAAUCAAGACUUCCUAUUUUUUGUAUUUCUGCUUUUUUAUGGGUAUGACAGACGGACCUUUAUUUUCCCUGCUCCCCUGCAGCAGAGAUUGAAUAAUGCAUCACUACAAGCACGAACUGCAUAUAUUUAUAUGUACAAAAAUGAGAUGUCAAAAGAAGUUCUGAUGGUAUUACAGUCCUUUAGAUUCAAAAUAACUGGUAGUUAGUAUUCGUCAUUCGAUUUUGUUUUGAGAAACGCACUGAAUUCUUGCAUUCCUGGUUCAUACUAUCACUACAUAUAGAGUUCAAGGCUUUACAGUGUGAUUUCUUCUUUAUUUGAAUCACUGUAGAAUCAAAAAAGCUUUAAGAAACCAAACAAUCUCUUUAGUUUUGUGUAUAUUUUUUCUUCUUAAAUAUACUGAAUGCAAGUAUGUGCAAUAAAACAUUUUUUGUUUUUCUUUUCUCAGCUUUUACGGAUUUUCACAAAGGGAGAUAACUUGCACUCUGAGCACACUUGAUUUACUCGCACCAUGUAAACUUCUGAACUCAAGUGGAGUGGUGUACACUUUUAAUGUAGACUUUUCUAACUAAAUCCAGAGACAUGUGUUGAUGGGUGUAGUGCAAUCCAACAUGUUGAACUUGUAAAGUAAGACAUAUGAAAUUUUGUGUAUUUAGAAAUGUGUGAAACAAUGACUUUGUUAAAAUUAGUCAGAUAUCCAUGUAUAAUUUAGAAAAAUUAUAAAUUCAAAAAUAUCCAUAUAUUAUUGAGGAAGUUUAAUAGAAAUAUAAUGAUAGUUAAUGACUUUGUUAUAUCUGAUAUUUGAAACAAGUACAAAAAAUGCGGUCUAGUAAUAUAUAAAAAUAUGUUAAAUUAGCUCAUAUUUAUAUCCUGGUUCAGAGUUGUAAAUCAUUGUCAGAAAAAAAAUUGGUAAGAGGAAACAAGAAAAUCAUUCUUGUCAAUUUAGAAAAUUCACCAUACCAAAAGAACACAUGAUUUUGCUGUUACUCUUGAAAACCGAGUGUACACUGGUGUGUGCAAAUUAAGGAUGUCCUCCGUUUGCAAUUUGAUUAUUCUUGGUUUUUGUAGAAAAUGUACACUAUUUUAUAGCAUGUAUGUGUAUAUCUUUUCAUGAUGGUGCAUAAUUUUUGUUAUUACAAAUAUAACUAUUUUAUUUUUUAAAACUCUAGAUCUGCAAAGCUUUCUUUCCUUGUUAUAUGUGUAUUAUUUAUUUCUGCCUUUUGAUAUGCUAUUCUUGUAAAUGUUUCUUGACAAUUCACUUUAUAAUAGCAGCUGAAUGCAUUUAUUAUGAAUAAAGUAAAUAUACUGAACAAGUUCCUGAAACAGUAGAUGGAUGCACAUAUUUUUAUGCAUGGUCAUGUUUUAAUGUUUUUAUUAAUUUUUUUUGCAAUACCGUGUAUAUAUCUUCCAAAUCUGAAAUAGUAAUCUGGCAUUUCUUUUUUCCUCAUUUAUAUUUUAUUCCUUUGGAAAGAAAGAAAAAUGAAAACAGAAUACUUUCUGUGAAAACUUCCAUAUAAUUUGUCAACACAUUUUCCUUUUAUGAUUGAGAGAUGUGAAAUUUUUGCUGUAUGUUGUGACAGUAGUUAGUGAAAGUCCACCUGUACAAAAAGAAUAGUUUAAAAUAAAACUUUCUGUUAACAAAA